ACUUGUGGAGGCAGAACUGGAGUAAAGUUUCAUUAUUGGAAGAUCAAAAUGAUAGGAGGAUAUUUGACUCAAUGCAGAUGAUAACACGUAAUUUUUUUUACAAUUUGCCAUAUGGUAAAAAGAAGAAUUUAUCAAGUGAAGAUACUUACGUCCACAGAACCUGUCAUGUAAUUUUGGAAAAAAUUUUCCGUAUCGAAAAUAUGCAACUUAUAUGGGCAAAUGGGGAGAGUAGUUCGUCUAAAAAUCAAUGCUCAGAAGACGGUAAUGCCCAUGAGUUAAAGCCAGACUUUCGUUUAAUUAGUGAAGAUGAAAAUCAGUCUGAAAUUUUAUUCGGUGAAAUUAAACCACCAAAAGUGGAAAACCAUAAAUUCAUUGUAAAUCAGGCACUUGCCAAAUUGGCCAAUCUUAUGAAAGGUGCAUUAGACCAAGGAAUCCAUGACGAAACAUACGGUGUACUCAUUAAUGGAAACAGAAUCGAGUUUUGGAGAAUUACUUUAAAUUACGAUGGUUUAUAUCAGUUCAUGUCUCUAGUUGAAAUGACCUUUCCAACUGAAAUGGCAGAGUUCCUUGUGAUUCUUUCCGUCAUGGAAAGAUGUUAUGAAUUAAAAGAACUUAUUGUUGAGACGGAGAAACGUAGCAUGAGAAAUGGUAGUUCCCAACUGAAUGUAAACUAUCAGCGUAAUUCGAACUUGAGUCCUAUGAAGACAAAG